AUGAGUGAGGAUCAACCUGAAAGUACUCUGAAAGGACAGUUUAGGGUUGAAGAUGGUGAACUGAUAUUAUCUGAUAAUGAAAAUCAAGAUGAAAAGCCAGAUGACAGUCCUAACAGAUCAAAUUCGCGGAAAAGCCGCCGAAAGCAAACCUUUGAGAGACGCAAUAUCAAGAAAGUUAGGGAGGAUGUUCUCAGUGAGGAAGCUAAAGCAGCUCAAAAGGCAGAAAUGGAAAGAAGACAACGCCUUGGUAAUAAGGAGAAAGGAGACCAAGUUAGGUUUUCUAAUAUCGAUUUUCUCCUCAAUGAUUCUUCAACGUCUCCCAGUCUUUUGAAGUGUUCUGAUACUGACUUCGAAUCUGGACUACAGGAGCCUGCUCCCAUCUUAAAAAGAGAAAGGAAGUAUGAAUCUGAUGCUGAAGAAUGCAAUUCCUUGGAUAAUGGUUCGACUGUAGACAGUCAACAAAGUUCGGUUGAAGCAAUUGAAAAAGAUGCCAAGCAUUCUGUUUCUGAUACCUUUACUAAUGGAGAAAAACAAUCGCCUAUUGACAAUUCAUGCUCUGGUAAUGGAUCGGAACAGAAGCGAGUUGUUAGUUCCGCUUCUGCUGCACUUUUUGGCUCCACAUGGAGUGAUUUACAAUCUCUUCGCAUGGGUCAGUCACAAGAUGAUGCUAUUUUACUUGGCGAUUCUGAUGACGAACAGCAUCCUGAUUCAAAUGUGAUUGAGGUUAGUGACGGUGAAGAUGAACCAGAAGCGGAAGUUGAGGCGGAAAUUUGUGAAAUACAAGAUGCUGACAAUCUAGCGGAUAUUGAUGGCAAGAUUAUUAUCAACACAUCUCGUGAUCAAGAUGAGGAACCAGAAAUUGUCUUAUGCCCUCAAAUGGCUAGAGUCAUUAAACCACAUCAAGUUAGCGGUAUACGCUUUUUAUAUGAUAAUGUAGUUGAAAGUGUGAAACGAUUUCAGACAACUGAUGGAUUCGGCUGCAUUUUGGCUCACAGUAUGGGACUGGGUAAAACUAUUCAAAUUAUCGGAUUUCUCGAUAUUUUGUUCCGCUUCUGCCAAGCUCAAAGGGUUCUUGUUAUUGUCCCUAUCAAUACUAUCCAGAAUUGGCAAGCUGAAUUUGAGCUAUGGUUGCCAACUGACUUAUCAACUUGUACAACCAACAAAAAGUCGAAAUUUUUUCAACGCUUUACAGCCUCAAAAUGUGAUACAGAAUCAAAGUUACCUGCAUCUUUUUCUGAUCAUACAGAUUCUUCUAUUUGUGUUGAAUCAAAUGUCCCACUUACUAGUCCGAAUGAAACAGAUUCCAACUUUGAAGAACAGAUGUGGUGUUCUAUGUUUGAAAAGUAUAAAUGUGAAUCACGAAACGGUUUACAAGAUACAUUACAUGAAAAUAAUUUUGAAGAACCAAUGGACUCAAGCUUUUCUUCUGUUAGUAGUAGUAGCUUUCGACCUUUCAAGUUAUUCGUAGUUCGAGAUACAGUAAAAACAAUGAGUCAACGGCACCAGAUAAUUCAACAGUGGUUCGAAGAAGGUGGAGUUCUGUUAUUAGGUUAUGAAAUGUUCCGGUUACUCCUCAAUCAAAAGCGCAUGAAUCCUCCGCCAAUCUACACUACGAAGAUUGAUAUGCGAAUGUCUAAACGCCGAAAGAAAGAAAUGUGUAUUGAUAUUGAAAAGGAAGAAAAACGAGAAAAGAUGUGGGCAGAUUUCCAUACAGCACUUUUGGAUCCUGGUCCUCAGCUUGUUAUCUGUGAUGAAGGUCAUCGAAUCAAGAACAGUGAGGCUUCAAUUUCUAAAGCUUUGAAAGCGAUUAAAACACAUCGACGUGUUGUUCUCACAGGGUAUCCACUUCAAAAUAACCUAAUGGAGUAUUGGUGUAUGGUAGAUUUUGUUCGACCUAAUUAUCUUGGAACAAAACAAGAGUUUACAAAUAUGUUUCAACGACCCAUUGAAAAUGGUCAGUGUAUAGAUAGUACACCAGAGGAUCGUAAAGUUAUGCAAGGACGGGCACAUGUUCUACAUGAUUUAUUAUCUGGUUUUGUUCAACGACGUUCUCAUGCUGUCCUUAAGGCUAGUCUUCCACCGAAAACUGAAAUCGUCUUACUCAUUAAAUUAUCCCCAUUACAGCGUACACUUUAUGCAGCAUUUAUGCGAAGUCUUGGCUCUAAUGGUCCUCUUGGUUGGGCUCAGGUUAAUACACUGAAAACCUAUGCCAUGUGUUGUAAGAUAUGGAACCAUCCUGAUAUACUACGUCGUGCAAUGGAAGAGCAUAAAGAAGCCAUGGAUUUCGACAUUGAUGACUCAGCGGCGAAUAAUUCCAACACCACGAUGUCCUCUGCAGGUCGACCUUACCAACGGUCGAACAGUACCCAUUCAGCCAAUCAGAAUGAGCCACAAUCAUGGGUUGGUGGUGAUUCCAUUACCAUUUCACCAGAUAUAACAUCUGCUCAGAUAUCUACACCAGCAAACAGUUCCACAUACUCUACGUCUGAUUCGUCUUUGCCACUUCCGUAUAUGCCUCAGAAUCCUUCUUUCCCUGUUUCUACAACCAGCGGAACACCUAACACUGGACAGUUGAAUAUGAAUAAUUCAGGCUAUUUUUACAAUCAAACCUAUUCACAUCAAUCUAGUGUUGGCACAUAUGAUUGGGCUAGUGAUCAAGAAUUAUGGGGGGAGAACUUUCAAUCGGGUAAUGUUGAACAUAGUGGAAAAGUUUUACUCUUCUUGGAUAUCCUUAAAGGAAGCGUUCUAGCUGGUGACAAGUUAUUAGUUUUCACUCAAAGUUUAUACACUUUAGAUUUAUUAGAGCGUAUAUUACGUCAUUUACCCUUACCAGUUGUUGAUAAAUCUGAUGUAACUAAAAUGGAAUGUCCAACGAAACAGUUAGAAGAUAUUGGUAAAUCUGAGCUACCAAAUGAUUCCUGUAAUCAUGGAAAUUCAUAUGAUGAUAAUCAUCAUCAUAAUUCAUCAGAUAAAUUUAAUAAAUUGAUGUAUAAUUUCGAUGUGGAUCAAUUAAAACCAAAUAAAAUCGAUGAGACAGACGAUAAUGAUGAUGAGUCUAAAGAACACGAAGAACAAGAAGAAGAAACUCUACGAUCUUUACAUUAUAGGUUAUCAACACGACGAGGUCAUUGUGAUGAACCGACUGUUUGGACACGAAAUGUUCAUUAUUUCCGCUUAGAUGGUAGUACAAAUGCAAGUGAACGUGAAAAAUUGAUUAAUAAUUUUAAUGAUUCUAAUAAUCCAGCAAAACUGUUUCUCAUGUCAACUAGAGCCGGUUGUCUUGGUGUCAAUUUGAUUGGUGCAAAUCGUGUUGUUGUUUUUGAUGCUUCAUGGAAUCCAUGUCACGAUUGUCAAGCAGUUUGUCGCGUUUAUCGUUAUGGUCAAGUGAAACCGUGUUAUAUUUAUCGUCUUGUCUCGGAUAAUACAAUGGAGAAGAAAAUUUACGAUCGUCAAGUAACAAAACAAGGCGUGUCAGAUCGUGUUGUGGAUGAAUUGAAUCCAACGCAACAAUUUACUCGAUCACAAGUUGAAUUACUUAUGUCUUUUGAAGAUAAAGAUAUGGAGACGAUUACAAAUGAAGAUUUAAAAACAUGUGAAGAUAUCAUCCAACCAGAUCCAAUUCUCUCUGAUAUCCUAAAGAAACAUACAAAAUGGAUUACAAAGCGACCAUUCACACAUGAAUCUUUAUUGAUUGAUCGUAAAGAUUAUCGUUUAACACGUGUUGAAAAGCGUAUGGCUCGUCAACGUUAUGAACAAGAGAAACGAUUAAGUAUGAGUUAUCAACAGGCUCAUUUAUUUCAACUACAACAGAUGCAAAUAAUACAACGGCAACAACAACAACUUUUAGCCGCUGGAAUAAAUCCUGCUCUAGUGGAUACAACUCGACUGUACAAUCCCCGUACACCUAAUAUCCUAUCCCGAAGUACUAUCAACUAUCGACCCACUUAUACUAGUGGAAUGGCAGCGUUGGAUGCUAUGCGUCAAGUUGAUCGACAAGCACGUCUACGAAUGUUACAAAAAGAUUUAGAUGAAGCACGUAGACGUUGUGGUUAUGCAAAAUCUGAUGGACUUAAUAAAAUAACUGAAUCACCUGACUGUAAAGUGACAAGGAUUGUAGCCAAUACAGAUUUAUUUUUCCCAUCAACAACUAACUCAACUACUACACAACGUAAAAUUCCUAAAGGUGAAGUACUUGAAGUAAUACAAACACCAAAGGCGAAAUAUUUACGUAUUAGUCGAACAGGUGAUUUGUUCAUUGUCAAGACGAGUGGAUCAAGUAAAUCAUCUACUGAAGAAAGUAGUAGUCUUCUUGAUGAUGGUCAAGAGAAGUGUACUUCCAGUUCUGAAAAUCAUUUAGAGUCAAGUAGUGUGAUUAGUGUGACUGCUCCUCAAGCAUCGUCGAUUACCACUACUGCCGCUGCUGCUGCUACUACUACUACUACUACUGCACAACCCUCAACAGUCACUAGCAGUGUAGAAAAUGUUAACAACAACACUACUACUCCACCUGGAUUCCCACGUAAUAAUUCUGCUCCAAGCUAUGAUAAACAGCAACAUUCCCAAACACUUCAGAAACCAUCUUACACUUCAACUAAUUCUGAUUCAAAUGUUUCCUUGUAUACUACACAAAACAAAUCGGAAAUUAAUAUACCUAACCAAUCAGUUAAAUACGGUAAUAGUCAACCUUUUAAUUACUCUCAAAAUUAUAACCAAUCGAAUGGAAAUAAUUUGCAACCAUCUCCUAGUGUAACAGAUCCCUCUUCAAGCGGUAGGUCAGUUUAUUCUGAAGAUUUGCGUUUCCUGUCAGCUAAUACAUCUCCGAAACGUGCUCAUUCAUCCAAUGAAUCGUUUGCCUGCGAUUUGGGUGUUAAAGAGUCUCGUCUAUCGUAUAAAACAGAUUCGUUGACUUAUCAAAAUCAGAUGGUAAAUCGACGUGAUAGUACAAAAGAAGAUCAUGGGAAUGGAAGUAUUACCUAUCCUAAUCAUACAUUUUCAUCUCAGGAUCCUUUUCGUGUACAUGUUCAGCGUAAUCAACAGGCUGAAUUGUCUUGGCCAUGUUCAACUUGUGGACGAACAGUUGCUACAGGUUGUACUUGUCGUUUAAAUCCUUCAAAUGUCAACACACCUAUGAGAACCACUGUCUCUAGUUCUUCAUCAGCUAAUGAUCCCAGUAUACAAUCUUCUCGAUUCAGGUCUUUCCCUGAUUGUAAUACUCAUCAGGAGUCUUUUCAAUCGAAUCACAUCAAUAAGAAAAAUUAUCCUCCAUCUACCAAUUAUCAGCCUACUGUUAGUGUACCUUAUUAUCAGUCUCCUCAGAAUGUUUCUGUGUCGUCAUCAUCAUCGCCAUCUGCACAUCGACAGUUGCAGCAACAACAUCAGUAUUUACGUGCAGCUGAAGAUAUUGCACGUCAGUCAGCCUUGUCAGUGGCUUCUAACAACAACAGUAAUAAUAAUAAUAAUACAGCUAAUUCCUAUCAAUCUGUCUAUCAGAAUCGAUUGAAUAGUGGAAAUAACAACAGUACUGCCAACAGUAAUCCACAACAUCUCAAUCUAUCUGGCCAUCAUCCUAAUAGUCUUCAAAGUCAUGUAUCUAUGAUGCAAGAUUAUUUUUCUCAGUUAACAAAUCAACGUCCACAAUUAUCUUCAUCAUCUUCAUUCGAUAUUCAACGUUCUCCAUUUGGUGAACAACCAUCACAUGCUGUAGCUGCAGCAAUGCAACAAUAUUUAGCGCAUAGCAAUCAAAAUCAUGUACAUACUACCGGUCUGAACACUAACAAUUCCUCUCAUACUAAUCAUACAAACAAUAACCAAACUAAUCAAGAGAGUAAUAUGGCUAAUUUGAGGCCAUCAUCAUUCAAUCCAGCUGUGCAUUAUCAACAAUUUCAAUUGGCUGCCGCUGCAAAAGAACAACAACAACGGCAGCAUCAACAACAACAACUUUUGGAGCAACAACAACGUUUACAGAGUCAGAAUGUUAGUGGUCAUGUUGAACGAAGUGCACCACCUGCUGUCGCCGCGGCGGCGGCCGCUGCUGCAGCAGCAGCUGCUGUUCCCUCUUCUUCAGUGUUCAAUCAUUUACAUUCACAAGCCUUUCCUAAUUUUCAUUUUCCACAAUUUUAA